CUAGACACCAGUAGAAGCAACUGCGCUACGUUCGCCGUACACGGUACUGAGCCCGAGCGGCUACGGCUGGAAGAGCAAUUCGUGUAGUAAGACACGUGUUCCACAGUGGUCGUGACAAGGAUCGCGUUAAAGUCCAGGCUGGAUCGCUUGCUUCGUCACUGAACGGUACAUCGUCUUCUUAUCAAUGAUCGGAACGCGUAACAAAUAUUUAAUUAAACUAGUGAAAAUAGAGUCGACACGGUGAAACUCUAACGAGCUUCAGUUUAGAAGAUGGUGGACGUAACGACGGCGCUACCAUCCACCGGUGGCGUGUCUCUAAUUGGACGCACCAGAGGUGCACUCAGGUCUGUCAGGUCUGCACUGGGAGGCAGCGGAGAGUAUCUUCAGGGUCUAGGAAGUAGAAUAGGGUCCGCUCUAAGUAGCAGUUUAGAAGAAAGUGAAUUGACCACGACCCCGUCGACGCCGCCCUCUUCGCCACAAGCACCACCUCAGACUACCAAGCAGGAAGAACAGUUGUCUAGAAGAAAAUUAAGGCUUCCCAGUUUCGGGACUGGAUUGUCGUACGAGGACUACGAAGCGAUAGCGAGGCACAAACUGGAACGUCAGGGUAGCACCAAUAUGUCGAGGUGCGCGAGGAAAUACCCUCCAGGGAUGACCUACGAGGAAAUAGCGUCCUCGAGAUCAGCCGCGAACAAAAAGCAAGAGAACAAAAUCGAGGAAGAUAAUAGCCCAGACAGAGACAGCCAGGAGAGCAUAGAACCUCUUCAGGAAAAAGACAUCAAAGCUACGGGACCUGACCCGUACGAGAAAUUAAAUUACAAAGCAGCAAGGGCCCCGACCCGCUAUCAGACGGUCGUUUUCCGUUUAGAUAUGCCAUGCAGUAGCGACUCGACGAGCGAUCAGGACGGCUAUGGGCCUAGCACGAGUCUAGACUCGAACAUGGACGGUCGUCGAAUGUGGCAUAGAUCAGGUUCAUCGGGAUCCGUUCAAUCUUGGGCUUCCAGUUUAUCGGCAGACAGUCAAUCUGAAGAAGCUGCGGCAGAUUUUAUGAAAACUUUCGUGCCUCUUUUAUUCGACGCUCCGAAUAGUAUUGAUCAAGAGCAGAAGGCUAACUUUGGUCAAAUGGUUCUUACAGAAUCAGGUAGGAUAUGGUUCUCCCGCGUGGUGAACGCUAGAAGAGCCCGGCCAUGCGUGACAGAAGCAUCGUUUUACUCGCUGGCACAGCAUUUCGCCGUGGCGCUUUUCGAAUGUCACGAAGCUGACGAUUUUGCACCUGCGAAAAGUCUCAUGAACAUGUGCUUCACGUUUUACCAUGAAGUUGAAGUGCCAGGAUUGGAACCCUAUCGAGAAUAUUUAUACACGCAUCUGCGUGUACAGCCGAUAUGGACAUCCAUGAGAUUUUGGACGGCGGCUUUCUUCGACGCAGUACAAUGCGAAAGAGCUUCCAGGCCCGUUCCUCCAAGGCCAAAAUCCCUAGAUCAGGAAGCCAUCUCUGCCGAGGAUCGCCGAUUUCAGGCUAACAUUGUUUUCGGGCAACUCGGGACGUUCACGUGCAACAUGCACGCGUUUGGACUUUCGCGAGCUCUGUGCUUGGAGUUUCUUAGAAAGCAAUGUGUAAUUGCGAACCUAACAAAAGAGCAAGAAAAAAUGUUACGAGACAACAUUGAAAGAAUGUUCGACGAGACCGAACCGUGGCGGUAGUUUUGCUCGAUUUGAAUCCUACGAAUUGUGGGAAUAGUUUGUUUGAAAUAUCUCUACUGGAACACGAUUCGCGGACGAGAUCAACGCGACGUCAAUUAAAAUAAAUCUCUAAUUGAAAGCGAAACGCGCAAUUCUUGAAAGAAAAAGUCAAUUUCAUUGCGAAGUAAUGAGCAAAUCGUAAGCGCUGAAUGAGAAGGUGCGCGUCAACUCUGACAGAACAGAGACUGUUCCUAUGUUAAAGUAAACAGAAUUGUGGAAACUCGAACUGUAUUAGAAAUCUCUGACAAAUUAUAAAAGCGAUUCUACAAUUCCAAUGCAUCCAUUGUAUUUCAAUUAAUUUAUUAUAUCGUAAGUACUGUGAUUGUGGAAUCGCAAUUAUAAUACUCUUUACGAAGGCAUUUCUAACUGGAUUGGACUUAUUCUUCGUUGGUUUUCAUUCUCGGAAAGUAAUCUUAAGAGUGCGAGUCACGCUAGGCGAUAAAUAAACCGAAUUCAAAAUCUGCGAUUGAUACGCGAUGUUGGCACGAACAGACUUAAAGGCUGAAAUUAAAGAAGGCUGCACAUACAGGUUUUACCAGUAAAUGACAUCCUAGCAAUGAAAAAAUUGUUCUCAUGACAAAAUUUAGGUUCGAUAGACGCAGCCCAUUUUACGUCCAGCCUUCGAUUGUCGAAUUAGCUUUGUUUAAUAAUCAGACAACCGUGCCCCAAUUGUACUUAAAUAGUAAGCAUAAACGGACAAUAAAUUACGUGAAACGGAGCCGUGAUAUUGGUAAUUACUCUGAGGCGAUAACUGAGGUUAAUAUAUUUCUGUACGAGCGAAGGAUAAAUGCCCUGAUCUUUAAACGGCAUAAGCGAUUCUUGCAAUGUGAAAGCGUGUGGCUUUUAACACGCGAUACAUCUGAAACCUAGCCGAUUAGAAACGAUAGUUACCGCCUGCGAAAUAAAUAUUUCCACUUGUUUUGUAACUUCGAGUAGAGCCAGAACAUUUUACGUAAUACUUGAUGAUAGUUUGCACGGCCCUUGUUGACGAUAACCAUUUAGAAUAUUGUGUUCGUCUAAGAAGAUUUAGCGAUUUUCUACAUCAAAGUUACUAAAUUCUAAUCACUGUUAUCAUCGCAGCAAAUUCAUAUAAGCAGACUUCGGAUGUUUAUGCAAAAUCAUAUUUUCACAGAUACAGAAAAAGAUUUUAAGCUUAAAUAAAUCUUUGUCCUAUAUCCUUGUAAACAACGUAACAUGUAUAUUACUGUUAAUGUUUUAUCUACUUUCGCAUUAAUAAAUAUUUUCAUUUGCCGUAAAUAUAUGAAAAUCCGCAGUCUACUUAUAAACGAUGCAGAAAUCGGUUAGGAUAUUUAAAAGUUAUUCUCGUCGAAGUCAAUCGAGAAUCAAGGAUAUUUCGCAAGCAUUGUCACGAAAUUCAUUUUCCAGAGUUUUAUCGACAAGCUGAGCGAAUUUCGUUUGACAACAUUCAUGUAUAUAUGUAACACACAAGUUUCUAUGUAACGACAUAUCAUCAAAUUCAAGCAACGCUCUAUUUUAUUUUGUAUAUCUGCCUGCACUCUCAGCGAAGAUUGUUAGCAUACAAAGAGAAUCAUUAAUAAACUACUUUGCCACUAUGAGAAA